AGAAAACUAAAACCAUAUUAACAUGAUGAUGGGAACAAAAUGAAUGGAAUCAUAGGUUUAUUUUCCGCGUAUAUAUUAACCACUAACCAAACACGGUCGUUAACUCAAGUAUACGUUAGCAAUAUUACGUGAAUCGCAAAUUUAGGCAAGGAAACAUUAAUUGCCAAAUUAAGCCAAGUAAAAGCCAUGGUUGAAACCAAUAUCUAAAAUUAGAGACACGACAACGCGCAAGGAGUUGAGAACUUGAGACAAAGAAAACACCUUCUAAUUUUAUGUCACCAAACACUUUUGUAUAAAGCUUGUUCCCAAUCCCAUUGUGUGUAUUUAGAAAUGAUUGCAUAACCUCUUGUAUAUGACUUAAAACACAUGUUUCUUUCUCUCUAGUAAGAUAAUUUUAACCCUCUUUGUAUUUAACCUUUUAUCUCUCUAUAAACAACAUCCUUGAGGAUAUUCCAAAGUGGCGUUUUCACAAAAUGCGUGCCUCCGGCUACUUUCUAUUUUUCUCAUUUUUCCUCUUUUCAUCAACAUCAUUUUUAUCCCAUGCUCUUUCCAAUGAAGAAGUCUCUUUCAUUGCACGGCGACAAUUAUUACACCUUCACGAAAAUGAGGAUUUGCCCGAAAAUUACACAGAUAAUUAUACAACAGAUUUAACUUUUCCUCAUCCAGGAUUAAAACGUGCUUAUAUUGCACUUCAAGCAUGGAAAAAGGCAAUGUAUUCAGACCCAUUAAAUUCCACGGCUGAUUGGGUGGGCCCUGAUGUUUGUUCUUAUCAUGGAGUUUUUUGUGCACCUUCACUUAAUGAUUCAAACAUUGAAGUUGUGGCUGGGAUUGAUCUUAAUCAUGCUGACAUUGCGGGUUACAUUCCUUCUGAGUUUGGUUUGUUGACCGAUCUUGCUCUUUUGCACAUUAACUCAAACAGAUUUUGUGGUAUCAUACCAAAAAGUUUCUCUAAGUUGAUACUUUUGUAUGAACUUGAUAUUAGUAACAACCGUUUUGUUGGAACAUUCCCUACACCCGUUCUUUCAAUUCCAGAUAUCAAAUUCAUUGAUCUUAGGUACAAUGAUUUUGAAGGAGAGAUUCCCUCAGAGCUUUUCAACAAACAAUUGGAUGCUAUAUUUUUGAACAACAACAGAUUCACAUCCACAAUUCCUGAAAAUUUGGGAUCUUCUCCAGCUUCUGUUGUUGUUUUAGCCAAUAAUCAUUUAAGUGGUUGUAUUCCUGCAAGCAUUGGUGAAAUGAAAAACACAUUGAAUGAGUUUGUUAUACUCAACAACAACCUCACUGGUUGUUUACCCUCUGAUAUUGGAAAGCUUGAAAAUGUAACAGUUUUUGAUGUGAGUGAAAAUGUGUUUGUUGGUGUAUUGCCAAGAACAUUUAAGGGAUUGAAAAAUGUUGAAAAGUUGUCAAUUGCUCAUAACAAGCUCACAGGUUUUGUUCCAAGAAGUGUAUGUACGUUGUCUAGUUUGGUGAAUUUUACAUUCUCUUAUAAUUAUUUUAAUGGUGAGGAAGAAGGUUGUGUGCCACCUAGAAAAGAUAUUUGGUUGAAUGAUAAGUAUAAUUGUAUACCAGAUAGACCUAGACAGAAGGCAACAAAUGAUUGCAAUGUGGUUAUAAGUAAACCUGUUGAUUGUAGUAAGGCACAAUGUGGUGGAAGUGGAAGUGGAAAUGGAAAUGGAAAUGGAAGUGGAAGUGGAAGUGGAAGUGGAACAGGAUCAGGAUCAUCAGGAAGUGGAAGUGGAACUCCAUCUCAGUCAAACUCUCCCCCAAGUGAUCAAAAGGAAACACCAACACCAAGCACACCUUCUGUUCCAAAGCCAGAUCCAAAAUCUUCUCCUUCAAAUCCUCCAAGUGAAAAUCCAACACCUUCAGUGCCAAAGCCACAACCACAACCUACACCAUCUCCUUCAAAGCCAGAACCUAAACCUACACCUUCUUCACCUUCCAACCCUUCACCAAAUCCAAAUCCAACACCAACCCCAUCAACACCAAAGCCAAAGCCUACUCCUUCUCCAUCAAAUCCUCCACCAAGUGAAAAGCCAACACCAACACCACAACCUAAACCAACCCCAUCAUCACCUUCCAAUCCACCAUCGAGUGAGAAGUCAGAGCCCGAGCCAGAGCCAAAACCACAACCUAAACCAACCCCAUCACCACCUUCCAAUCAACCACCAAGUGAGAAGCCACAACCAGAACCCUCACCUCCACCCUCACCCAAAGCAGAACCACCACCUGAUGAUGAUCCUCAUCAUGAAGCACCAAAAAGAAGAACAAGGUCUCCACCACCUCCUCUCUAUUCUCCUCCACCACCCGUUCAUUCCCCACCGCCUCCAACUGUCCACUCUCCACCACCACUGGUUCACUCGCCUCCUCCACCAGUUCAUUCCCCACCACCACCAGUUAACUCUCCUCCUCCACGAGUCAAUUCCCCACCACCACCAGUUAACUCUCCUCCUCCACCGGUUCACUCACCUCCUCCGCCAGUCAAUUCUCCACCACCUCCAGUUCACUCACCUCCUCCGCCAGUCAAUUCCCCACCACCUCCAGUUCACUCACCUCCUCCACCAGUCAAUUCCCCACCACCUCCAGUUCACUCACCUCCUCCACCAGUCCAUUCUCCACCACCUCCAGUUCACUCACCUCCACCUCCAGUCCACUCUCCACCACCUCCAGUUCACUCACCUCCACCUCCAGUCCACUCUCCACCGCCACCAGUUUCUUCUCCACCACCUCCAGUCCACUCUCCACCGCCACCAGUUUCAUCUCCACCACCUCCAGUCCACUCUCCACCGCCACCAGUUCAUUCACCUCCUCCACCCGUUCACUCGCCACCACCCCCUGUACAUUCUCCACCCCCACCAAUUCACUCUCCACCACCACCAGUUCAUUCACCUCCUCCACCUGUACACUCCCCACCCCCUCCAGUUCAUUCUCCUCCACCACCAAUUCACUCCCCUCCACCACCAGUCAGCUCUCCACCACCGCCCGUACACUCUCCUCCUCCACCAGUUUAUUCACCACCACCACCCGUUUUCUCACCACCUCCACCGGUCCAUUCUCCACCACCACCUACACCAACUGCAUCACCUCCUCCUCCUGUUUAUGCACCACCUCCGGAAUUUGAUGAUAUUGUUCUUCCCCCUAACUUUGGUUCUUCAUAUGCUUCACCCCCUCCACCGAUCAUUGCUGGAUACUAAAUCUAAAUGGGAUUCACAACUUACUUCUAAUAUUAUUAGUUUCUAGUCGAAAAGUUGUUGCAUCACAAUGCAACAAAAGGUUUCUUUUUGUCUUGUGAAAUAUUCAGAAUUCACUUUAAUCGAAAGUGCAAAAUGAAGAUUUUAAUCAUGCAGAAGAGUAUUUUAAAGUUAUAAUUUAUCAUUUC